AUGGCAUCCGUAGCUGGUUCCAGACCGUCACGCCGCGCUUCCGCCCGCAAAAGUUUUGUCGUCGAAGAAAGCUCAGAAGACGAUGCUGCGUCGUCCAUGGGCCGAGUCACCCCAGCCCUAUCGAGCCACGAUGAACAGGAGGAUGAGGAGGAUGGAGAAGAGGAAUUCACACCAGUUCCAAAGCGCACCGUUGCAAAAAGACCUUCAAGAAGACGAACUAUAGCCAGUAUCCCAGAAACCCCGCAAACUGCCAUACAAAAUAAGAAUAGACGCAUUCGAAGACCAAAAUCGGGAGAUGACGUCGAACAAUCUCAGUUUCUAGAUGAGGUGGAUGAGUCUACCCUUCUAGCAGAAAACCCAGAGACACCUUCAAAGAGGCCAACCGCGCCUAGAAAGAGAAAGAUGGAAUCCACUCAUCACCGCCGCGAAACUCGUAUGUCCUCUUCUACAUCUGCCAUGUCAUCCCUUCCAACUCCUGAACCUUCAGUUUCCCCAGACUCUCAGCCGCCUUCGCGCCGUCGUGAGAGCAUUGCGCCACUGGCAGACAUCACAGAAACUGCAGUCAACGAGGCUGAGGCAACGCCGCGACCACCCGAACCGGAGAGGUCGACGAUUGAAAUUAUAAACCCCAUGUCCACUACUCUUGAGAAACCAAUGGACAUCGUUCUCAAGUCACGGGCACUUGGUGUGCCAGCAGUCGAAGAACCAUCAACUCCUAAGCCGCGAAUGGUUAUUACUCAUCUCGUCAUGACCAAUUUCAAGAGUUAUGCUGGCAGGCAGAUCGUGGGUCCGUUCCAUGUUUCUUUCUCGUCAGUUGUAGGGCCCAACGGAUCUGGCAAGUCCAAUGUUAUCGACUCCCUCCUUUUCGUCUUUGGUUUCAGAGCUAGCAAAAUGAGACAGGGGAAGAUAUCCGCACUCAUCCACAAUUCUGCCAACUUUCCCGAUCUGCAAUUCUGUGAAGUCGAGGUACACUUCGAGGAAAUUAUGGAUCUCCCCGACGGAGGACAUGAAGUUGUGCCGGACUCACAGCUCGUGGUUUCCCGGAGAGCAUUCAAAAAUAAUUCCAGCAAGUAUUACAUGAACAGAAGGGAAACCAAUUUCGCAACUGUUACGGGAUUUUUGAAAGAUCGAGGCAUUGACCUUGAUCAUAAGCGUUUUCUCAUUCUUCAAGGAGAGGUCGAGUCGAUUGCUCAGAUGAAGCCAAAAGCUGCCAACGAACACGACGACGGUCUGCUGGAAUAUCUGGAGGAUAUUAUCGGAACAUCCAAGUACAAAACUCCGAUCGACGAGGCUGCUGCGGAGGUGGAGACUUUGAAUGAAGUUUGCAUCGAAAAAAAUACCCGUGUCCAGCACGUCGAGAAAGAAAAGGAUAGUCUCGAAGACAAGAAGCACAAAGCUCUUUCCUACAUAAGGGACGAAAAUGAGCUUGCGGAGAAACAGUCGGCGCUGUAUCAAAUCUACAUCGACGAAUGCAACGAUAAUACCCGUGUGACGGAAGAAGCUAUAUUGCAGAUGCAAGAAUUGCUGAAUAUGGAGCUGGAGAAUCAUCAAGGGAGUGAAGAUGCCAUCAAAGAGCUCCAGCGAUCCUAUAAACGUGGUGCCAAGGAGUAUGAGCAUAUGGAGAAAACUACUCAGACGAUGGUUAAGGAAAUGGCCAAGUACGAUAAAGAGAUUGUCAAAUUCGAAGAGAAACGCAAGUUUUUGAUGGGGAAGCAGAAGAAACUCGAAAAGGCUAUGCAAACUAGUCGCCUUGCUGGUUCCGAGUGCAUGAGUCUUGUCGAGAAACACUCCGACGAUAUCGUGAAGAAAACUGCAGAAAUCGCGGAACUGGAAAAGGAAAUGCGCCGUGAGGAGAAAGAGCUCGCGGAUGUCCGGGAAGGACUCAAAGGCAAGACACAAGGUCUUUCAGACCAAAUUGCUGCUAAACAGAAAUCGCUCGAACCCUGGAUUGAAAAGAUCAACGAGAAGCAAUCUGCUGUUGCUGUUGCACAAAGUGAACUUGACAUUCUGCGCGAGAAAAGCAACGCAGGCGCUGUUGCUUUGCGGGAAGCACAGGUGAAAAUCGAGUCCAUUGAAGAAAUCCUGUCCAGCAAGAAUACAGACCUGGAAAACCGCCGUGCUGAGAAGGCAGAGCUUGAAAACGAUGCUAUGCUUUUGGAAACGGAGUUACGAAAGUUUGGACAAAAAGAGCCUGAAAUCCGCUCGAGGAUAUCCAGCGCGAGACAAAAGGCAGAGGAGGCUCGUGCAAGCCUUGUUAGUACGCAAAACCAGGGCAAUGUUCUUGCAGGCUUGAUGAGGCUGAAAGAAUCUGGUCGAAUCGAAGGGUUCUAUGGCAGAUUGGGGAAUUUAGGGACAAUCGAUGAAAAGUAUGAUGUUGCUAUUUCAACAGCCUGCCCCGCUCUUGACAAUCUAGUGGUCGACUCGGUCGAGGUGGGCCAACAAUGUAUAGACUAUCUGCGCAAAAAUAAUCUAGGUCGAGCCAAUUUCAUUCUCCUUGACCGAUUGCCCCAGCGAGAUAUGUCCUCCGUCUUCACACCGGACAGUGUACCACGACUAUUCGACCUUGUCAAGCCUAUCGAUCCAAAAUUCAGACCAGCCUUCUUCAGUGUGCUACAAAAUACUCUCGUCUCCAGGGAUCUUGAGCAUGCGAACAAAAUCGCUUACGGUGCGAGAAGAUGGCGAGUUGUCACCUUGGAUGGACAACUUAUUGACGUGUCUGGGACCAUGAGUGGUGGAGGUACCCGUGUUGCCCGAGGAGGCAUGUCCUCGAAGCCAGUCGCGGAAGUUUCCAAGGACCAAGUCUUGAAACUGGAAGCCGACCGUGACGAGAUUGAAAGAAAAUUUCAAGCAUUCCAGGAGAAGCAAAGACAAAUAGAAACAUCGAUAAAGGCGAAGAGGGAUGAAAUUCCAAAACUGGAAACCAUGAUUCAGAAAAUUCAGCUAGAAAUUGAAAGUACCACUCGAAACCUUGCGGAUGCUCGGAAGCGUGUUCAGGAGUUGGCGGCAGAACACAAACCUUCUAAAACUGAUGAUGCUAGAUCUGUGGCUCUUGAAAAACAUAGAUCCUCCUUGCAGAAAGAGAUUGAGAAGCUACAUGCUGAGACUGCGGGCGUUGAGGAAGAAAUUCAAGCUCUCCAGAAUAAGAUUAUGGAAGUCGGUGGUGUUAGACUCAGGAGCCAAAAGGCUAGAGUUGAUGGCCUCAAGGAGCAGAUUGAUCUCCUCGCGGAGGAAGUGUCAAAUGCCGAAGUUUCCAAGUCCAAGAAUGAGAAGUUGCGCAUUAAACAUGAGAAAUCGUGUGCAGAUGCGGAGGGUGAGCUUGAACAGGUGAAACGUGAUCUUGAAAAGUUGAAUCAGGAUAUAGAAAGGCAAGAAAACGAUGUUCAUGGGACGAAGCAGAAAACGGAGCAGGCACAGGAGGCAUUGGAAACUAAAAAGGAAGAGCUCGCUGCGUUGAAGGCGGAAUUGGACGAGAAAGUCGCUGAACUGAAUGAGACGCGCGCUUCUGAGAUCGAAAUGAGGAACAAGCUUGAGGAGAAUCAGAAAGUUCUAACCGAGAAUCAAAAACGUGGAAAAUAUUGGCAAGAGAAGCUGGCCAAACUUUCCUUUCAGAAUAUCAGUGACCUGGGCGAAGAGGAAGAAGCUCGGAGCCUUCCAACGUACACCAAAGAUGAGCUGGCCGAUAUGAACAAAGAAUCUCUCAAAGCCGUCAUCGCGGCACUGGAGGAAAAAACCCAGAACGCCUCCGUCGACCUCUCCGUCCUUGGAGAAUACCGUCGGCGAGUCGCUGAACACGAAUCCCGCUCUGCCGAUUUAGCAACUGCACUAGCAAACCGAGACAAUGCCAAAGCACGUUUAGACACGCUCCGCUCGCUCCGUCUAACCGGUUUUAUGGAGGGGUUCAGCACCAUCUCGCUCCGGCUCAAGGAGAUGUACCAGAUGAUCACGAUGGGAGGCAACGCAGAGCUGGAGCUUGUGGAUUCUCUAGACCCAUUUUCUGAGGGGAUAUUGUUUUCUGUCAUGCCGCCGAAGAAGAGCUGGAAAAAUAUCAGCAAUUUGUCUGGUGGAGAAAAGACGUUGUCGAGUCUUGCGCUUGUGUUUGCAUUGCAUCAUUAUCGGCCCACACCAUUGUAUGUCAUGGACGAGAUUGAUGCAGCGUUGGAUUUUAGGAAUGUUUCUAUCGUCGCAUCGUACAUCAAGGAGCGAACGAAGAAUGCCCAGUUCAUCGUCAUCUCGUUGCGAAAUAACAUGUUCGAACUUGCUUCCCGACUGGUCGGCGUUUAUAAGGUCAACCAUAUGACCAAAAGCGUCACCAUCGAGAAUAAAGACUACAUUUCGAUGGCAAGUUAG